AUGUCUUACGAACGAGUGCUUCCCAACCCGGCGUCUCUGCGUUAUGAGUCUCCUCAAGUCUCACUACCCAGACCCAGCCAUCUCCUCGACCACAAGAUCAUGAACGACGUCCCUCUUUCAUAUGGUGCCUUGCCGCACCGCCCGGCUCCUGGGUAUAGCCAUGAUCCCCGUGUCAGAUACGCGGAUAGCCGGUCCACGAGCGUGCCGCAGACGCACCAGCAGAUAGCCUCAUACGCUCGCGCGAAGAAUGCAUUGAAGACCGAUUCCAUUACUUCGCCGGUACAUCCGCAGUCAGCUUCUCUGGUCAAGCCUGCGAGCCAUGUCUCAAACAGAGAUAUCCCUCGUCGAGAACGCUCUUCCUCUGGCAGUACGAGCCCUGUCAAGUCCACAAAAAGUGAGGGCGCUGUGCAAUUCUGUCUGUGCCAGCCGGAUCCAAAGAUCCCCCGGCCCCGUAAUGCCUUUAUCUUGUACCGCCAACACUAUCAGGCCGCAGUUGUCUCACACAAUCCGGGCCUGGCAAAUCCAGAGAUUUCAAAAAUUAUUGGAGAGCAGUGGAGGGGUCUAUCGGAGGAAGAGAAGGGGACCUGGAGGGAACUCGCAGAGGAGGAGAAAAUCCGUCAUGCGCAGCAGUAUCCAGCAUACCGCUAUCAACCAAGGAGAACGGGGCGAGAUGGGUCCUCUCGCAACUCAACUUCGGGUAUCAGCCACAGUAUUUCUGGUGGGUCAAUCUGUAACCGAUGUGGUGGCAAGCUCAUGGCUGCUCCGGCCUCACCAAUGACCCCGUUUACUCCUACUGCUGGCCAACAGUAUCGGUCGACCAGUCUUGGAGGUACUUCGCCCCAUCCAAAUGCUGCCACGACCGUGAUCACUGCACGGAGUUCAUCAUGUCAGGAAAAAGAGAAGGGUCCUCCUAAACCCAUUCGGAUUGACCACCUGGACAGCCAUCAUCGCCAUCGGAAGCUGGAAGAUAACGGCGAGGUGUCUCCAGAUGUGAAACGCCGCCGACUCUCUCAUAUUGGAAUCAAGCCGGGGUUGCAGCAUACGCAUCGGGACCGGAGUCCCGAAUCGCCAUAUCCCAGGAGUCCAUACAAUGGCCCCUUAAGUGUAGAGAGACACCGAAAAAUUCCUGGCAUCACAUGCGCCCGGUAUGGCAGUUCGUCGAGCGAAACGCAUCCUGAUCCAAGCUUAAAGCUACCUCCGCUUAAAACUGCAACACCAGUGACCCCAGUGACGCCUUACUCUCAAGAAGGAUCAAGUGUCGAGGCCACUGUCAUGACAAUUCCGUUCCUCAAUAAAAUUAAAGUUCUUGCUAGAAUCUCCCCUCCGUUGAAUCCGUCUUUUCGCGACCCUGGCCCUCACUCCCGCGGAUCAGUGAUUGCUAUUGACGGCCAAGACCCGGAACUCAUUCGUGUUGCUGUGGAGUACCUGGAACGAGCGCUAAAGAAAGAGAACAACUUCAAUGUGCGGGUCUUCGAAGGCCCAGAGGUUCAGACACCGCGGCAGGACUCCUCGGACGCCGGCCAAAUGGGCGACGCCACGGUCGACUAUCUGAACACCAUCUCUGCUUGGCAUCGCAUUUCCGACGAUAUUAUCGGAUUUGUUAAGCAUACUUCUUCCCACAUGGAGGCGUCGGACUCUAGCGCCAGCCCGGAUCAUGAAGUUUCCCCCAAAACUUCCCCGAGUACCAUCGUACCCAAGACGGCAAACUUGCAGAUUAACUCCCCGGCUCAGUCGAGUGAGAACGGCUCCGAGGUGAGCACUCUCUCUGCUAGCACUCCCGGCGGCAACAGCAGCGCCAUGCCUGUCGCCAUUGUCCCACGCUACCAGCUAAGUACUGCUGAUGCCUUUGCCUGCUCUAUCCCCAUCGGCGAUGAAUAUGCGCCACUGGAUCACUGGCAAUGGAUGGCAUCGUUAUGGCGUGCCUGUGUUGGCCCGGACAUUACUCUGUACAUUCGAGAGUGCAGCAAGGAGGAAUUGGAUCGAAUUGGCGGAAACCCUGUCGAAGUGCGGCUGCAGGACGCACGCACUGUGAUUCUGCGGAGGACGCCUGGAUCACAGGGAUUGGAGGAGAAGGCCCUGCGGCGCGUCGGGUUUGAAAUUGAAGACUUUUUGACACAAUGA